CAUGAAUUUAAUAAAACUUAAUUAUUUUAUUUAUAGAAAUAACCCUUUUUCUUUUAAUAGCAAAUUAUAUCUUUUUUUUUUUUAAUAGGAUUUUGAUUCCUACUUUUUUUUAAUGAUUUUUUAUUCACCUUUCUAUUUCUUUUCUUAUUCUCGGGAACCAAACGCAUAGUUCGGGCGUGGAGCCAAAAUUCUUGGACAGGCAGGGAUCUAGUCUUGGUCAGUUGGGUCAAAUUUGCCGACCAAAACCCCCCCUGCAUUUCUUGAAAAAUAACAGAAAUACCCUUCCUUUAUGACACCUGGCCAGUGUAAACAAAUGUAUCUGCACCUGCCGUACAGGAACACCAGAAUUUUUUUUUUUUUUUUUUGGAGAAAUGUGCUUUAUGUCCCUAUGGGUUCGGAAGUUGACCCUAAGUCCUAACCCGUGUAAUUGGGCCCAAAGUCUAGUAAAGUCUUGCAAAUUGAGAUGAGAUAAAGGAUAUUGACAUUCUAUAAAUCCGAAAAUACCCUUAACUGAUCUCCAAAAAAAAAUAUAUAAUUAUAUCGAAAAUAUAAUUUGCAAAAUGGAUUCUAAGUUUGAUAAUUAAAAUAUUUCUCCUAUUAGUUUUCUUUUUCUAAAGAAUUGAAUACACCAAAACCCCAAAUGAUUCGAAACCCUAGCUGUCAUCAUCUACUCUGGAUCCCUGUGGUCAUCAUUGUCAUCAAUGUUGUUGUAGGUACAUGAAUAUUCCUAAAGGAGCUCAAAGUCCUAUUCUUGUCAUUGUGGUAGUCAACAUCCCCGUGUUUCUCACUAUUGCCAUUUUCCUCUUCGUCGACAUUGAGACCUUCACUAGUGCAAGUUUUUUGGUUGUUGGGAAUUCGGUUUUCCAUGUGCUUCUUGCUCAGGCCCAAUGGUUGUAAAUCACCAUUCUCCCAGUUUUGAAUGUGGAGCCUGACUCACACCUUUACUUCAACGUAGGAUCACUUCCAUCGAAACAGUGAAGAGAGAGAAAAAGAAAACACAGGAGAGGGGAGAGAAACAGAGAGAGAAAGAGAAGAGAGUGUUCAGAGGAAGUCCCAUGAACAGCAGUGAUGAAAUGCCAGGCGUGGGUGGUGAAAUCGCAGCACCGCCAGGACCACCACCGCCGCCGCCCAUGAACAUCCACCACCACAAGCUGCACCGCGUGGUGAUGCACCCCACCUUCUUCUGGGGGAAGAACGCCGAGAUCCUCUUCUCCGGCUGGCCCGGCACUCGCACCGGCAUGUACGUCUUGUCCCUGGUCUUCGUCUUCGUCGUCUCUGUGCUUGUUGAAAUGCUCUCUCAUUCCCAACUCAUCAAAUCCUCUACAAACAGCCUUCUUGGUGGCGCUGCCGAGACCAUUAUUCAUGGGGUCAGGGUGGGGCUUGCCUACAUGGUGAUGCUUGCACUCAUGUCUUUCAACGCUGGGAUCUUCAUUGUGGCUGUUGCUGGGCAUUGUUUGGGGUUUUUCUUGUUUGGGAGUAGGGUUUUCAGGAACAAGUCUCCGGCUCCUCAGCGAAAUUCAGCCCCUGAUCUUCCUUCUAUGAGUUGCUGAUUUUGCAGUUUGUGUUAUAAAGUAUUCUUCUUUUUUCUGAAGACUUAAUUUCUGAUUGUAAUAGUCUGUAUGUAAAUAUUGUUUGAUAAUAUGUCUGAGCUUUCCUGUUCUCUAAAAGAAAA